AUGGGCCAACUAUGUAUGAAAUUAAAACCAAAUCGCUAUUUAGAAGCAGACAAAAACAACGACGGGACAGGCGAAGAAAGAACCUUCCUAAACAGAGUCCCAAAGACAGACCGCAAAAAAAGUGCAGUCCAUGACGAAGAAUCUGCAAUAAGAGAACAAUCCGAAAAAAAGAAAAAAUCAAAAUCUCCAAUGCCACUAGGAAUGGCCUACAUAGAAGCACAAGACGCUGAAAUUGAUCCCCAAGCCCAGAAAUCUCAAGACGACAAGAAACUUAUAAUAACAGCCUUGAACAAUCAUUUUAUUUUUACAAGCCUAACUGAUGAAGACAAAGAUAUGGUCGCUGAAUCAAUGCAGCUCUAUAUCUUUCAAAUUGGGAGCACAGUUUUUGAGCAAGAAAAACCUUCAAGAUCGUAUUAUGUCGUAAAAAGCGGGGUCCUUGAAGUUCUCGUCAAUGGAAAAAGAGUCAAUCGAAUCCAUCCAGGCGAAGGAUUUGGGGAAUUAGCCUUACUUCAUGAUAAUCCGAGGUCUGCCACAGUGAGGUGUCUGGAUAAAACUUUGCUGUGAGGGAUUGAAAGACAGACUUUUAGAAAAGUUAUUGAAGAAAUGAAUACGCAAAUUUAUGAACAAAAUAGAGAAUUUCUUGAAAAAGUCGCUUUACUGCAGCCACUCAGCUCAAGGCAAAAGGAUUCGCUGGCUGCUUCUCUUGUAGCUUGCAAGUAUACUUCAGGACAGAAAAUCAUUUCUGAAGGAGAAAGCGGACAGCAGCUGUUUAUCAUUAAAGAAGGAACUGUUUCUGUACAAAAAGGGUCGCAGGAAAUAGCGAGGCUGCAUGCUGGAGGCUAUUUUGGAGAAAUGGCGCUGCUUACAAAUGCUCCAAGAUCAGCUACUUGUGUAGCUAUUGAAGGACCUGUAAAAUGUGUCUCGCUAAGUAGAGAAACUCUACAAAAAACACUAGGAAACCAGCUUCAAGAUAUUAUUGAGAAAAACACAAUAAUGGAAGCUAUAAACAAAUCUGAAACUCUCAGCUAUUUAAAUAAAGACCAAAAAGACUCCAUUAUUAGAGAACUCCACAUAAAAAGCUACAAAGGUGGUGACAUUGUAAUCCAAGCAGGCACCUUAUGCAAUUCAAAACUGUACAUAAUUAUUACAGGCAGGCUCCAAUUUGCAAAGACGACUCAACUUUUUGCAGAUAAAGGAACUGCAGUAGGCGAUGUCCAUGUAACUCAAACACUUGCUGAAGACCAAAAAUAUGAAGACGAUAUGAUUGCUUCAGCUGAUAUGAAAGUUGGCGAACUUACGAAAUAUCGCUUUGAAGUCAGCAUAGGAGGCAGAUAUGAAGAUGUCGUCAAAGAAAAUGCUGCGACCAAUGUGCUGAGAAAAGUUUACCUUUUCAACACUUUAGACAGUACAAAAAUGAAAGAAUUGUUUGGAAUAAUUCGAAGUGUAAAAUAUGCAGAAGGCGAAACUAUUAUAAAAGAAAAGACUCCUAUUGACUCAGUUUAUAUUGUCAAGCGAGGCAAAGUAGACUUGAGAAAAAAUGGAGAGCUGAUUAGAACUGUGAUGAAGCAUGACUAUUUUGGGGAAAGAGGGUUUUUAAUUGAUAAUAUUUCGACAGUUACAGCGGUUGCGAAUGGAAGUGUAACCGUGUGGGUGAUACAAAAUAAUGACUUUAUUCAGCUUGUAAAUGAAAAUAUGAGAAAGCAGCUGCUAAAAAGAAUAAAAAUAGAAGACGAAAGGGUAGAGCUCAAAGACCUCAUUGUCAUAAAAAUGCUAGGAAAAGGGAUGUUUGGAAAAGUCUACUUGGUAAGGCCUGCUAGCGCUUUUCAACUAUAUGCGCUCAAAGCUAUUUCCCGAAGGAAAAUCGAUGUGUACGCAAUACAAGAGCAUUUGCUUCUUGAAAAGCAUAUUUUGCUAUUAAUAGACCACCCAUUUAUAGUGAAAAUGGUGCGAACAUAUAAAGACGAAAAACGAAUUUAUUUUCUGCUCGAGUAUGUUCAUGGUUUAGAGCUCAGCAUGAUUCUAAGACACGUUGGACUCCUAAGUAACAGUGAUUCUCAGUUUUACAUUGCAUCUUUAGUCCUUGUUCUACAGUAUCUUCACGAAAGAGAUAUCAUUUAUCGAGAUGUAAAACCUGAUAAUGUCAUGGUCGACUCCAAUGGUUUUAUUAAGCUGAUCGAUUUUGGCACCGCUAAGCAGGUCCAAGGCAGAACUUAUACGUUAGUCGGAACUUAUCAUUAUAUGUCCCCAGAAGCGAUUGUGGGGAAAGGGUAUAAUAAAAAUGCAGAUUUGUGGAGCCUAGGAAUAUGCCUUUAUGAGUUUCUAUGUGGAAGAGUGCCUUUUGGAGAAGAUGAAGAAGAUCCUUAUAAGAUCUAUGAAGCCAUACUUGACAUGAAUUUGGACUAUCCUUCUGAUAUAGAAGGGCCAAGUGAAUCAGCUAAAUCGUUGAUAGGACAGCUUUUGAGUAAAUUGGGAGAACAUAGAAGUGGAGGCUCAAUUGAAAAUCUGAAAAAGCAUGAAUGGUUUGCAGGAUUUGACUGGGAAGGACUAAUGCAUCAAACUAUUGUGCCUCCUUAUACACCAGAUGUAGGGGAUAAUUUUGAAGAUAUAGAAGAAGAUGAUGCAGAACUGCAUGAACCCUGGGACCAAGUACUAAAUCAGGAAAGCGAAGAUAGUGAUAUGUCUAUACCUGAAGUUAUUGAUACUGAAUUAGAAGAAUUUAAAUCGUCAAUACCUAGGAACUGGGAUGCAGGAUUUUAA